AUGGGUGACGAUCUUUUCAAAGAGGCUAGAAAGGAGAGAGAUGACUUCGAGGAGUUGAUGAAUGCCUGUGAUCUGGCAAAGAUGUCCGUCAAGAACAAUGAAAUGGUUCACGGUCUUCAAAGUUUUGGUAUCAGUGGGGAAUCAUCGAGUGAAGGUGACAAGCCAACAGAAAUAAAGAGAAUCGUAGCACCAACUGUGGAAGCAUAUGUUGGCACCGCCAGCUCUUCAACAGUCACUAAACCAAGUGGAGGUGCCUUGGAUAACAGUGAUCAGCAGGAAGUGCGUCAAGACGGAACUAGUGUGCAGAAGGAUGACAACGGUUUCGUUUUCUUCAAGUGUCGCUUCUGCGGACUCACGUUCAAUUUCAUGAACACACUCCGUGCACACGAAAGAAUACAUGACGUCUCCCAGCCAUACGUAUGUGGAAAGUGUGGAGAGUCAUAUGAAUUCGCUUGCCAGUUGGAAUAUCAUGCAGCUCAACAUUCAGAAGUGGACGGAUUCAAGUGUGAUUGUGGGCGGACGUUCUUCUCCUAUACAGAAAUGCUUUAUCACAAACACACAGAUGAUCCUAUUGAUUUGAUAGGUGCCCCAGAGACCACAACCGUCCUUGUCAGCAAGAAAAAGAUCAUUCCCGUCACUGAGCAAGAUCUUCCACAACCAGCGUUUGUCACCGAAGGAUACGAGCCGAAGCAUCCACUCCGAGUGUACAACGAUGUCCGUUCCAAGCCAUACAUCUGUGAAUAUUGCUCCAAGAGCUACUCUGACAGUCGAGGACUGGCUUAUCACAUGUACAGUCAUCGUGGUGAGAAGCAGUUCAAUCCACGAGCAUCGAGAUACAUGAUGGGAAGAGAAGGAGUUGGUUACACCGAUUCCAGAAGCUACUAUCUGUUCCCAAGAACAAGUGGAUAUGUCAACCCGAGAUUCUGA